AUGGCAUUUUCCCCCAAUUAUUUGUAUAGUUUAGUUUUGUUGACUGCUUUUUCUCUAUGGGCUUUUCAUUUUUGGUUUAUUUUGCAUUUAUUUGAAAAUGUUCGCUUCUUUUCUCAUCUUUCCGAUUUUGAACGUGAAAUGACUUACAGAACUGAAAUGGGAUUUUACUUUUCUUUUUACAAAACUCUCGUUUCUAUGCCUUUUUCUGAUGGCCUUGUUCAAUUAAUGAAAGACAAUACAACUGAAUUUGGCAAUACAAUAAAUGCUCUACAUCGAUUUAAUCUUUAUCCAGAAUUAAUUCUUUCUUCACUUUUUUCUGUGUUUCGAAGAUUUUCAGAUUAUUUUGAAUGGAAAACUAUCGUUUGUUGGAGAGUAAAUAGAGGAGGUGGAAUGACGCCAAUUGAAAGUUGUGAAGGUUUAGGCAAUUAUCAUUAUUUUUAUAUUUAUGGAGCAUUUUUUGUUGCAAGUAGUGUUAUUUUUUCUUUAUUUAUUGGUGGAUUUUCUUUAAGUCAAAGCUUUUUUGGUGGAAUUUUGGCUUCAAUUUCUUUUAUGUUUAAUCAUGGAGAAGCAACAAGAGCACAAUGGACACCUCCUUUACGAGAAUCUUUUGGUUACCCAAUAUUUUUACUUCAAACAAUUUUGACUGGUUAUAUUUUGAGAAAAGGAAAAAUUAAUUUAAUUUUUGGGGGUUCACAUGUUUUUCUGACAGUUGCUUUCUGUUGUUUUUGGCAGUUAAGUCAAUUUAUAAUCGGUACUCAACUUGGAACGCUUGUUCUUCUUUUCUCUUGUGAAUUAAUUUCUUUUCCAUUAUUAUUUUCUUUAUGGCAAUUAUUUUUGAUUUCUUAUUGUUUAUCAAUUUCUUUACUUUUUGGCAAUUUAUUAAUUUUAAAUUCCUUCUUUUCAAGUUCACUUAUUUCAAUUUUAAUUAUUUUUAUUAUUCACAACAAAAUUUUAAAUUAUUUAAAAUUACGUCCAUUAUUUAUAUUUUUACAUUUAUUUAUUUAUUUUUUUGCUGCAAUAAGCAUUAAAUUGUUUUUAAAUAAAUUAUUUGAUUUGAAGGAUGACAAUAAUGUUUUCGAAUUGUUAAAAGCAAAAUUAUUUCCUAAUUAUGCAAAUUUCCAUACUCUUUUAUAUACUUGUGCCCCAGAAUUUGAUUUUUUGCAAUUUGAGACAAUUUCAAAAUUAAUUUCAACUUGGUUAUUACCUUUAAACUGUUUGGUUAUUUGUUUUUUGUUUGUUUUAUUUUAUCGUUUUGAAUUGGCUAAUGGAAAGUGGCUUUGGCGGUCUGAUAAAAUUGAUAGAUUUUGUCCAGAGAUAGCCUAUCAUUCAACUCAAUUAUUUAUUUUUAUAAUUUUGGCUUUACUUUUUAUGCGUCUAAAAUUAUUUGCAACUCCCCAUUUAUGUCUUUAUUUAUCUUUAUUAUCUUCUAACAAAAUUUGGACAAAAAUAGAAACUAAUUUUAAAUUAAUUAAAUUAAUUUUUGUUGGAAUUAUUUUGGCUGGAAUGGCAAAUAAAGGAAUUAAGAAUAUUCAAAAUCAAUUGGAAAUGAGGGGAGAAUAUAAUAAUCCUGAACAGGAAAAUUUAUUUAUUUGGAUUAAUGAAAAUACUUUGAAAGAUUCUGUUUUUGCUGGAACUAUGGCUUUAAUGGCAAAUUUAAAAUUAAGUACUCUUCGGCCUAUUGUUAAUCAUCCACAUUAUGAAAAUGAAGAAAUUAGAAGACGUACUCUUCGUGUUUAUUCUCUUUAUAGUAGAAAAUCUGUUGAAGAAGUUUAUUUUGAUUUAAAGAAAAUGGGUGUUCAAUUUUAUGUAUUUCAACCACAACAAUGUUUACAAAAACACCCAAAGAAAGAAUGUAGUUAUUUGGCUAUGUGGGAUUUACAAGACCCCAAAAAUAGAUUAUGGAAUGGCAUAAUAAAUUCUAAUCAAUCUCUUUUGGGUUCUUUUUUGCCAGUUUAUAUUUCGGAAAGUUAUGUUGUUUUGAAAAUUGAAAAAUGA